GACCAUCUUUGAGCUACGCACCGCCCCUCCGACCUGUAAAUCUCUCUAGCAUUCAGUGGAGCGAGCGGCUCUGACAGGCACUAUCAACUGGCCGAUCUGCGCGACCCUGGGCUGGAUCAAGGGGAAGGAAUGGGGACAGUCAGUUGCGAAGGCGACAUCACCCGAGCGCUUAUAUGUCAGAAAGCGAACACUCCGCUAGAUGAUGUCGUUUGUGUUUUCGCAUCGUGGCAACAGUUUGGGGACUUGAAAUAGACUGGUGGUUUUUGAAUGGCAGAAGCUAUCGAUGAAAUUGGUGUUUAGAAAAGUGAAAUCAAUUUUCCGCUGUUAAUCGACCGAAUCCCUGGAUGGAAGACGACUUGAGAGGUCGGACAGAAACUGUUUGAAGAAAACAGCCCUUUUUCAAUGUCGCUGCGCCUAUCAUAAUCUGAAACAUCAUUGGCAGCCUCGACGGCUGCUAGAUGAGACAGACCAUCUUUGCCAUGGCAUUGGUCCUGAAAAACUCGGAAAAGCUCUCAAAAUGAAAAGCGCUCAACGUUUGUCAUUACUGCGGAUUUAAAUGCCUCUCGCGAAUGGACACCGACCGGCUAUUUCGGUCCAGUUAGUGCGUGUUGCGUUUUUGACUGUCGUGGAAAUCUGAAAUAGAUUGAAAUAAACAUACAAUUAAUUAAGUGCGGGUGAGAAUAUACAACGCACAGUUUUUUUUAAAGCAAUAUGGCUGGUGAGUGGGGCUGGGGACGCUGGCAUAGGCUCUCCAAGGCUCCUAGAUGCUAGCUGAGGCGGACGCCACCGUUACCCAUGGAAGCGGCAACUCUAUGAUGAGUAGAAAUAACUAUUUUAACAAAAAUCCGGACUCCUCGAUCUCUAUGUCCAAGAUGGACGUGAUCAUCCCCUUCUCGCCAGACGUGCCCUGCGACAACAAUGGCCAGCGCAUGUGGUGGGCAUUCCUCGCCUCCUCCAUGGUCACGUUUUUCGGGGGUCUCUUCAUCAUUCUCCUGUGGAGGACCCUCAAAUACCUGUGGACCGUCUGCUGCCACUGUAACAUCAAAAAGAAGGAGGCCCAGAAGGUCAAUAACCCUGCUAACAGUCAGGCAGCAGACGGUACAGCUAAGGGUCCUGAUGAGAAGGACGAAGUGGUCCCUGCCAGCGAGGUGGGCUGGAUGACCUCCGUUAAGGACUGGGCCGGGGUCAUGAUAUCAGCACAGACACUCACCGGCAGAGUCCUGGUUGUGCUAGUUUUCGCUCUCAGCAUUGGAGCACUUGGAAUAUACUUUAUAGAUUCUUCUGAUCCCAUAGAAUCCUGUCAGAAUUUCUACAAAGAUUUCACGUUACAGAUCGACAUGUUCUUCAAUGUCUUCUUCCUCCUCUACUUUGGCUUGCGGUUCAUAGCAGCCAAUGAUAAGCUGUGGUUCUGGCUGGAGGUCAACUCAGUGGUGGACUUCUUCACUGUUCCUCCUGUCUUCGUAUCUGUCUACUUGAACAGGAGCUGGCUGGGUUUAAGAUUCCUGAGAGCCUUGAGAUUGAUACAGUUCUCUGAGAUUUUACAGUUUUUGAAUAUCUUAAAAACAAGCAAUUCCAUCAAGCUGGUGAACCUGUGUUCCAUCUUCAUAAGCACAUGGCUAACAGCUGCCGGAUUCAUACAUUUGGUGGAAAACUCAGGGGAUCCUUGGGAAAACUUCCAAAAUUCCCAGUCACUUUCCUAUUGGGAAUGUGUCUACUUGCUCAUGGUCACUAUGUCAACAGUGGGCUACGGGGACGUCUAUGCAAAAACCACCCUGGGACGCCUGUUCAUGGUCUUCUUCAUCCUCGGGGGUUUGGCCAUGUUUGCCAGCUACGUCCCUGAAAUCAUAGAGUUAAUAGGAAACCGCAAGAAAUAUGGUGGUUCCUAUAGUGCGGUUAAUGGGAGAAAGCACAUUGUGGUUUGUGGUCAUAUUACACUCGAAAGUGUCUCCAACUUCCUCAAAGACUUCCUACACAAGGACAGGGAUGAUGUCAAUGUAGAAAUUGUUUUUCUCCAUAAUAUUUCCCCUAAUCUUGAGCUGGAAGCCUUGUUCAAACGCCACUUUACCCAGGUAGAGUUCUACCAGGGUUCUGUUCUCAACCCUCACGAUCUGGCCAGAGUGAAGAUUGAGUCAGCAGACGCCUGUCUGAUUCUGGCUAAUAAGUACUGUCCAGAUCCCGAUGCUGAAGACGCCUCCAACAUCAUGAGGGUCAUCUCUAUCAAGAACUAUUCCCCCAAGAUACGAAUUAUCACUCAGAUGUUACAAUACCAUAACAAGGCUCACCUGCUCAACAUUCCUAGCUGGAACUGGAAGGAAGGGGAUGAUGCUAUCUGUCUAGCAGAGCUGAAGGCUGGCUUCAUAGCUCAGAGCUGUCUGGCCCAGGGCCUCUCCACCAUGCUGGCCAACCUCUUCUCCAUGAGGUCCUUCAUCGAGAUUGAAGAGGACACAUGGCAGAAGUACUAUUUAGAAGGGGUAGCUAAUGAGAUGUACACAGAGUAUCUGUCCAGUGCCUUUGUGGGGCUCUCCUUCCCAGCAGUCUGCGAGCUGUGCUACGUGAAGCUGAAGCUGUUGCUUAUCGCCAUCGAGAACAAGUCGGAGCUGGGAGAAAGCAGCAUCCUCAUCAACCCGGGGAACCACGUAAAGAUGCAGGAAGGAACUCUGGGGUUCUUCAUCGCCAGUGAUGCCAAAGAAGUAAAGAGAGCAUUUUUCUACUGCAAAGCUUGUCACGAUGACAUCACAGACCCCAAACGGAUCAAAAAGUGUGGCUGCAAACGACUUGAAGACGAGCACCCGUCAACUCUGUCGCCCAAAAAAAAGCAGCGGAACGGAGGCAUGCGAAACUCACCCAACAUGAUGAGCAGGCAUGACCCUCUACUAAUCCCUGGGAACGAGCAGAUGGAGAACAUGGACAUGAACUUGAAGCAGUAUGACUCCACAGGAAUGUUUCACUGGUGUCCGUCUAAAGAGAUCGAGAAGGUCAUCCUGACCCGGAGUGAGGCAUCCAUGACGGUGUUGAGCGGCCAUGUAGUGGUCUGUAUAUUUGGAGAUGUCACGUCCGCUCUAGUGGGGCUGCGAAACUUGGUGAUGCCUUUGAGAGCCAGCAACUUCCAUUAUCACGAGCUGAAGCCCAUAGUGUUUGUGGGCUCGCUGGAGUACCUGAGGAGAGAGUGGGAAACCCUACACAACUUCCCCAAGGUCUCCAUACUACCUGGUACGCCAUUAAGCCGUGCAGAUUUAAGGGCUGUCAACAUCAACCUCUGCGACAUGUGCGUGAUACUGUCGGCCAAUCAGAACAAUAUCGACGAUGCCUCGCUGCAGGAUAAGGAAUGCAUUCUGGCGUCGCUCAACAUAAAGUCUAUGCAGUUUGACGACAGCAUCGGGCUCUUGCAGGCUAACUCCCAAGGUUUCACGCCUCCUGGAAUGGACCGGUCCUCUCCAGACAGCAGUCCAGUACAUGGUUUAGCACGCCAGGCCUCCGUCACCACCGGCGCCAACAUCCCCAUCAUCACUGAACUAGCUAAACCUGGCAAAAUACUGCCUUUGGUUUCAUUCAGUCAGGAAAAAAAACUUGGAAUCAACAUACAAAUGAUAACUGAGCUGGUGAACGACUCCAACGUUCAGUUCUUGGACCAAGAUGAUGACGACGACCCGGACACAGAGCUGUACCUGACGCAGCCCUUCGCCUGUGGAACCGCCUUCGCUGUCAGCGUGCUGGACUCUCUCAUGAGUGCAACAUACUUCAACGAUAAUAUCCUCACCCUGAUCCGGACGCUGGUGACUGGGGGAGCCACCCCAGAGCUAGAGGCUCUACUGGCUGAGGAGAAUGCCCUGCAAGGGGGCUACAGCACGCCACAGACACUGGCCAACCGAGACAGGUGUCGUGUUGCCCAACUGGCCCUGUACGAUGGGCCCUUUGCCGACUUGGGGGAUGGUGGUUGCUAUGGAGAUUUGUUCUGUAAAGCAUUGAAGACAUACAACAUGUUGUGCUUCGGAAUCUACAGAUUGAGAGACGCUCACCUUGCCACACCUAGCCAGUGUACCAAACGGUAUGUGAUUACCAACCCUCCGUAUGAGUUUGAGUUGGUCCCCACAGACCUGAUCUUCUGUCUGAUGCAGUUUGACCACAACGCGGGCCAGUCUCGGACCAGCCUUUCCCACAGCUCCCACUCCUCCCAUUCCUCCAGCAAAAAGAGCUCGUCCGUCCACUCCAUCCCCACCACCAACCGCCAGAACCGCAGCAGCAAGGCCCGGGAGGCCGGCCACAAACAGAAUGCAACAAGGAUGAAUAGAAUGAGCCAAGAAAGGAAAUGGUUUACAGAUGAACCAGAAAAUGCCUUCCCACGGAACAUUCAGAUCAAGCCCAUGAGCACUCACAUGGCCAACCAAGUCAACCAAUACAAAUCCACUAGCAGUCUGAUACCACCAAUCAGAGAAGUUGAAGAUGAAUGCUGAAAACCAGGCCUGCUUGAUGACUCGUGAGAAUUCUGGACGCUCUUACGAAAGGAGAUAAGAGAUGGCGAACAGGGAUGAUGAUGAUUAAUUGGUCCCCACUCAUUCUACAGAUCAAGGGUUUGACAUAAACACCACAACUGGAAGGGGCCUCCUAUGUGUAUACCUGUAAUGUUUUUGAAAUUAUUUGAAGAGUUGAAGAGAGAAGAUUAAGUACUUCCUGUAAUUAUUUGCAAUCGUUCAUCACCUCUUUGUGUGAACAGACUCCAUGGCUACUGUAUUUUGAGGUUACUACUUGUUGUUGGAGGAUGAGGGUCACGGCAGUUCGCUCUUCGUUCACCACAUCUCCCAAAAACGCCAUUGGGGCUGACCGCUCAUACACCAUGUCUGUUUCUGUUCUAUUUGCACUAAAACUGAUCACGUUAUUUUGCAACACGACGACGGGAAACAUUGACAUCUCCCCAAAACAACACCCAUCACAGAAAUGUGAACUUUUUGGUUGUCGAUUCACUUUGUCAGUUGAAGAGGUGUACAGAUCCAUUACAUCACUGCUUAGGGUAUGCUACUGUAUGUCAACAUGCUGUUUGAGUAAUCAUCUGAAUGAAUGCAUUCGAGUCCUGUAGAUCAUAUUGUAAAUCAGUUGUCUUGAGACUCAGAGUACUGUAAGAGAUAGUUCUGGGAUAAGCUGGUUGACCGUAUAUAUACACAGUACCUACAUCUGUUCUGGGGAUAUCACAAUGGCUAUGGAUCAUAAUGAUGUCUUUGACCUUGUUUCAAGCUCCUAUCAUCGCAUGGUGCCUGAGCCCUUUUAUAACAAUACAGUGCAGAUGAUCAACUUAACCUGAAAACAUGAAAGGGGACAAAGGACAACCUUGUCCUAACCCUUAUGUGUAAACAUGAAAGGGGACGAAGGACAACCUUGUCCUAUCCCUUGUGUAAACAUGAAAGGUGGACAGAGGACAACCUUGUCCUAUCCCUUAUGUGUAAACAUGAAAGGGGACGAAGGACAACCUUGUCCUAUCCCUUGUGUAAACAUGAAAGGUGGACGAAGGACAACCUUAUCCUAUCCCUUAUGUGUAAACAUGAAAGGGGACGAAGGACAACCUUGUCAUAUCCCUUAUGUGUAAACAUGAAAGGGGUGAAUGGACAACUUUGUCUCGUCCCUUGUGAACACGUUAAUUGAGUGAAAGGACAGCCUUGUACACAUCUUGCAUAUGGCAUGUGUGUACUGUACGUGGCAGCAAUGUGUCCCCUUAACAAAAACAUUGGUGGAACAUCUGAGUUAGUGUUAGUGUCGUCAUCUCUCCAUCAGUGUGUAUGUGAUGGUGGUUCAGCCUCUGAGGGAGCAGCAUGUGGGAUCAAGGCUUCAAACAUGAAUGACGUAUAGGAACUAGCUCUGUCUGGGGGUUGCCAAUCAACUAAUGAACUAAGCAAACACUUUUCUAUAAUCACCAUCAUGCCCAGUCACAUCACCAAUAAUACACCAUCUAUGAUUGAGCUGAAUAAAUGUGAACAAACAUUAGCUGUGUGCCCUAAAAAUGUAAGGGAAGCAUUUAAGCUGGAACCUAUUUAAUAACAAAAGAAUAAGCAUAUAAUUUCAAUAUUUUUUUGUCUGUUGAGAAAUUCGGAGAAACAACGCCACAUAUUGCGUAAAAUGGGCAUCAGUGGGUCCUCCUUUGACCAGCUCCACCACUGCCUGGCACAGGGUUGGUAACAGAGGCAGCAAAGAGCUUGGAUGUUCUCCGCUGCCAAUCCUGAUGUCAUCAUGACACCUCUAAACACUGUUGGUAAACAUUAAGGGAAAAGCUCAAUCAUGGUUUUGCCACUGAUGACGAUGAAGAACCCCGGAGAAUACUGCCUGUGUUCUUCAUGUCAUUCUGGUCAAGGCACAAGACAGUGCGUGUUAAAAAUGGACCGUUUCUAUUUUGUUUUUGAUCCAGAGCAACCCAGACAGAGCUGCAGCCUUGGGGAGGAGAGGGUAUGGUGCCACAGAUGAACCAACUCAAUUCUUAACCUAGAUACUUUAUACAUACAAAUAUGAUUAUUUUAUAUUCAUAUGAGCAUAAUCAUGUUGUACUUAUUUUUACACAUGACGUAGUGAGAAACACUUUGUGAAAGCAAUCCAUUAUUAUUAUUAGGCCUAUAAUUACAUCAGAUUAUUUUAUUUCUAAAUUAAUCACUGUAUUUAACAUAAUCAUACCAAAAUUAUUCAUAUCAAUUCUGAAAUGCUUAUAAUUAGAAAUGCAUCAUUGAGGAAGAGUAGAAGUCCCCUCUCUUAUCCCUGAUAAAGUAUAGUGAUUAAGGGCGCUAUUCAAUCCAUAUCGCAGAAGUUCAACAUUACAGUUUGAUUGAAAUGUAAAGGCAAUGUUUAGCAGAGACUGCAUUCACGAUAAACGCUGCAUAUGUCCAGUGGUGGAACAAGUACUUAUUGUCAUACUUGAGUGAAAUUAAAGAUAGAUUAAUAGAGAAUUACUCAAGUAAAAGUGAGUCACCGAGUGAAAUACUACUUUAGUAAAAGUCUAAAAGUAUUUGGUUUUAAAUAUAUAUAUUUGAAAGUAUAAAUCAUUUCAAAUUCCUUAUAUUAAGCAAACCAGGCAGCAUUUUCUUGUUUUUUAUUUAUUUAUGGUUAGCCAGUGACACACUCCAACACUCAGGCAUAAUUUACAAACUAAGUAUGUAGGUGUUUGUGUUUAGUGAGUCCGCCAAAUCAGAGGCAUGACCAGGGAUGUUCUCUUGAUAAGAGUGCGAAUUGUCAAAAAUAUUCAUAGUAAAAUACAGAUAUCCCAAAAAACGACUUAAGUAGUACUUCAAAGUAUUUGUUCUUAAGUACUUUACACCACUGCAUAUGUCGACUCAAUCGGAAAUUACAUUUACAUUUCUAUCGCACAAUCUGUAACACUUCAGUGAUACAGAUUGACUAGAGUCCUAAGUCAAUAUUGUAUAGGAGAUAACAUACAUCUAAUGAGAGCCCUAAGUCAAUAUUGUAGAAGAGAUAACAUAAAUCUAAUGAGAGCCCUAAGUCAAUAUUGUAUAGAGAUAACAUAAAUCUAAUGAGAGCCCUAAGUCAAUAUUGUAGAAGAGAUAACAUAAAUCUAAUGAGAGCCCUAAGUCAAUAUUGUAGAAGAGAUAACAUAAAUCUAAUGAGAGCCCUAAGUCAAUAUUGUAGAAGAGAUAACAUAAAUCUAAUGAGAGCCCUAAGUCAAUAUUGUAGAAGAGAUAA